CGGUGAUUUGUUUUCCUUCGCCGACGGCCAUGGCGGCGGCCGCGAAGGCGGAAAGUGAGUGGACGGAACAAAGGACCAAGGAGGGGAAGUUGUUUUACUGGAACAGCGUUACCAAGGAGAGUGUGUGCAGAAGUCUUCGGAACCGGGUCAACCAACCCCGCGCGUUCGCAAGUACCAUGACCAUCCAGGAGGACAGUGGGUCGUUUUCUUCCGGCCGAAGUCCAAGCCCCUGAACGUGAUGCGGAUUGCGGCGGACUUGGAAAAGCACUACUCGGGCGUGACAGAAGUGACGAAGCUCCACCGGAACAAGCUACGAGUUGCUCUCGACAACGCGAAGGAGGCGAACGGAAUUGUUUGUGACCCGAAAUUCUGCGUCGAAUACCGAGUUUGGAUCCCAGCGCGUUCGGUGGAGAUCGACGGUGUGGUCAGUGAAGAUCAUCUUACGGUGCAACAAGUGUUGAAGGGAGUUGGCCUCUUCAAAAGAAAGAACCUUCCGACGGUCCAGGUCAUUGAGGUGAGGCAGAUGGGCAAUUCUGAUGGCGAGGGGGAGAACAAAAAGUUCGUUCCAACGAACUCGUACCGAGUAACUUUUGCUGGCACUGCACUGCCCGACUAUCUGGAAAUUGGCAACGUGCUCCGCCUGCCAGUACGCUUGUAUUACCCGAAAGUUAUGAGCUGCAGCAACUGCCAAAAGCUGGGGCACACCAAGGCUUUUUGCAACAACAAGACGAUUUGCGGCAAGUGCGGAGAAAAUCACCAGACUGACCAGUGCAAAGCAGUGCCAACUAAGUGCUUGAUUUGUGGAGGAGCAGUGCACGAAACUCGGUGCUGUCCGAAGUACCAGGAGCGGUCGGACAAGUUGAAGCAGGAGAUAAGUAAGCGAUCCAAGCGGUCUUUUGCAGAGAUCGUGAAGACCAGCAAAGUCGAGAACCACUACGCCGUCCUUGCGGAAGAAGACCCACAAUCGGAGGAGGAAGCCACCGAAGAAGAACUCGUCUAUUCUACACUAGGAGGAGGCCCAAAGCGAAAAAGGAAAAUCAAGAAGAAAUCCGGCAAAACACAGAGUGCGAAGACCGGAAAUCCACCAACAGAAACUCGUCUGCCACAACCGGGAGCGGCAGCGUUCAACCGUAUGUUUCCUUCAGUCUCAACCACCAAGCCAGGGCCUGCUGUUUCGAGGCAGAAUGGGCAGCCUGAAGACCACCGAAUACCGUUUUCCAAAAUUUUGGAAAUGGUUCUGACGGUUUUGAGUGAACCAACCAGACUGCUUCUCGAGCCGUUGAUACCUUUCUUCAAGGAAGUCGCCAAGAACCUCGCAGUGAACUCGGCGUUGUCCACAGUUAUUUUGUUUGAUGUUUAAUUAUUUUUAGAUUUAACUUCAAAAUGUAGAUUCCCGGUCCUAACUUGGUCUCAGCACCUAAAAGGACCUAAUAAAAAUAAGUUCGUGAAUAAA